AUGCGUCUGCUCUCAUUUCUUCCACAGGCGCUGCUCCUUUUCUCCACGCUGAGUUCAGCAGCGGCAGCAGCCUCCACAUGGACAUUCGCAGACGCCUCUCUCACCGUAACCAGUAAAGGCACCGCAGCUGGCAAGGAUGGGGGGAUUAAGGAGAAACUCACUCCCUCCCAACCGCUCUCCAAACCCAUCCCGCUCGGCUCCUCCGACACAUUGAAGAUCACCCUCGCAACGCAAGAGGGAAAGAGUGCCAAAAGACCGCAUCAAGCAUUUUUGCUACUGCAAGACCAAGAAGGGAAGCUGGACGUUUCAUAUCCGUUUAGUGUAAAGGAGUCGGGAAAAGCGAAGGUUGAAUUGACACAUAAAGAUCUCCCCGUCCAAUUUCUCACUUCCUCAACUUCGAGCAACACCUCAGGGCUCAGCGCAUCCAUCGUGAUCGCCUCCUUCAGCACCACCCCGGGCUACAACUCCCCGGCCUUCAUACUUGAAAUCAAGACGGAUCCGAACACCCCGUUACCACCAGCAGAGAAAUCACUCCGAUACGGCAAACUCCCGGAGAUCCACCACAUCUUCCGCUCUGACCCUAGAUCUCCGCCCGUUGUUAUAAGUCUGGUAUUUUUGGCAGCCGUGGUGGGAACCCUACCAUUGCUAGCAGGUGCUUGGGUUGCCCUGGGCCUGAAUCUCUCCUCCCUGCCCAAGGCCUUCUCCGCCUCGCCGAUAUCGCACGCCUGCUUCGCGUCGUCGAUCGCGGGCAUCGAAUUCGUCUUCUUUCUGUACUACACGACCUGGAACCUGUUCCAGACGCUCCCUGUCCUCGGUGCGUUAGCCGUCGUCGCGUUCCUGAGUGGAAGUCGCGCUUUGACCGAGGUCCAGGAGCGGAGGCUGGCUGGUACCAGAUGA